AAUCUAUUAAUCAAUCAAUCAACGAUGAUGAUCAAAAUCAUAAUUGCAAUUACUCUGUUGGUGGCUCUCUCCAAUGCUGCCGGACCUGUUGUACCAUUUGCCUAUCCACUCUACAAACAGUGUGACCCAAGGUGGGGCAAUGAUAUCAUUGAGACCACAACUGUAUGUGAUGUAGGUUGUUUGAUGAGUUCAAUCUCGAUGGCCAUUGCUGGUCAUGGUAUUGAGAUCGAUGGACAGUCAUCAAACCCUGGCACCUUGAACUCUUGGCUCAAGUCAAAUGGUGGCUACACCUCUGGUAACGAUUUGAUCGAGAGUGUUGUGCCAGGCAUCUCAUCGGACAUCAAGUGGGACGGCCCCCUGCUCAAUGGCACGGCACUCUCUAUGGAUGACAUCAAGAACCUGCUCAACAAGAAGGACAUGAUCGUCAUACUCAACGUUGACAAUGGUGGACACUUUGUCCUGGCCACUGGCUACGACAGUGGUGACACCAAGAUCUACGUCAACGACCCAGGUUUCUCCAGACUCUACUAUGAGUACAACACUGUUGUCGGUUACAGAUUGUUCCAAAUG